GUCCUCGCCGCCGGCUUCGCUGAGACUCGCGCGCGUGGGCUGCGCGCGGCGGGCCGCAGUGCCGCGGCGGCAUGAAGGGCGCCCUGGGGAGUCCUGUGGCUGCGGCCGCCGCCGGCGCCGCGAUGCAAGAGAGCUUCGGCUGCGUAGUAGCCAACCGCUUCCAUCAGCUGCUGGACGACGAGUCGGACCCGUUCGACAUCCUGCGCGAGGCCGAGCGCCGGCGCCAGCAGCAGCUGCAGCGCAGGAAGCGCGACGAGGCGGCGGCGGCGGCCGCCGGUGGCCGCGGGGGAAAGAGCCCGGCUGGGGCCUCGGGUCACAGGCCCGGCGCGGGCGGUCGCAGGGAGUCGCAGAAGGAGCGCAAGAGCCUCGCUGGAGCGCCGCCGGACAGUCCCGGAGGUGGCCCGCAGCAGCCCGGCCAGAAGCGAGCUCCGAGGAGAGGGGAGCAGCAAGGAUGGAACGACAGCCGGGGGACAGAGGUGACGCUUGAUAGAGCAGAGCGGAGGCCCUACAGAGAAUAUCGACCCUAUGAGACCGAGAGGCAGGCGGACUUCACAGCCGAGAAGUUUACAGAUGAAAAACCAGUUGACAGGUUUGACCGAGACAGACCUCCGAGAGGACGUGGCGGCCCAAGAGGGGGCAUGCGGAGCAGGGGCAGAGGUGGUUCUGGGAACCGAGCUGUCGACACCCUUGACCAGAGAGGGAAACGGGAUUUUGAAAGAUAUGCUGGGAGUGACAAAACGGCUCUCAGAACUGAAGACAGCACAGGUGGGUGUGGAGUUCGCACCUGGGGAUCCGGUAGAGACACCAGUGACGCGGAGCUGGCUGCCCCGAUGGAGGAGACAGCGGCGAUGCAGGAGUCCCAGGGCCUCCCAGAAGAGGAGUCUCCAGCCAAAGUUCCUGAGUUGGAGGUGGAGGAAGAAACUCAAGUUCAGGAGAUGACCUUAGACGAGUGGAAAAACCUGCAGGAGCAGACCAGGCCGAAGCCCGAGUUCAACAUUCGGAAGCCAGAAUCGUCGGUUCCUUCCAAGGCCGUGGUCAUCCACAAGUCACGGUACCGAGAUGACAUGGUGAAGGCCGACGAGGACGAGGCCCACGUGUUCCGGAAAGCCGCCAAUGACAUCACGUCCCAGCUGGAGAUCAACUUUGGGAACCUGCCUCGUCCUGGGCGCGGAGCCAGAGGUAGCACCCGGGGAGGCCGGGGAAGGAUCAGAAGGGUGGAGAACUAUGGACCCAGAGCAGAGGUGGUGACCCGAGACGUUGCCCCCAACCCCGACGACCCUGAAGACUUCCCUGCUCUGGCUUGAAGGAGCCGUCCCCUGGCAACCUGGGGCAGCACUGGAGGACCUAUGAAGAGACUUUUGCUGUGGGAAGAGUCAGACUCUAAGAACAAUAGAUGUUGCUUUCCCGUGUCGUGUGACUGGAACUUUUCUGGUCUGGGGUGUGGGCCGAGGAGUCUCCCCGCACUUGAGCGCAAGUCCCCGCUCGAGUUGGGUUAGGCAGGCACUUUCCCAAGGUGAAGAAGGCUUUUUUUUUUUAUUUAAGGACUCCAAGUGAAUUCGGGAAUAAUGUGUAAACCGUGUACAUACUGUGUCCAGCUCCCCAGGGGUGCGGGGAGCAGACAUGCUAUAAACACCACCUGUCGCGUUCCUUAAUGACCCCCGAGUCCCAGGGACACCCAGAACUUGAGCUACGGAAGAGUCCCAGCCUCCGCGUGGACUGUCCACUUGUAAAUGUUCUACUCUCCUCAAACUCCUGAGUUCUGGUUUUCAUUUGACCAGUGACUUAAACAGCUAUUAUGCAGCCAGUGGUCACCAUCUGUGACAAAGAGCAGUAUUGGUUUUUUAAUGGUCAUUUAAACUACCUCGUGGUUUCCGUGUGUCGCACACACACUUAGUGUACCGGUACGUGGACCUUUAGCGUCUGGGCGGUUUUCAGGAUGAACGUUGAGUAUGCCACUUAAGUCCCGUUAUUUAACCCACCAACGAAGUGACUUCCUGGCAAGAGAAGAGCGCAGCCUCCCCUCAUAACCAGUGUCAGAAGCCCACAGCUGCGCGCCCAGCGCCCCCGGGCAGCCCUGAAACACUCCUGACCCCGUGCUGGCCUGUCACUCGGGUGAAGUUCGGAGCCUCUCAGAGGUUCGGCACUCGCUGGAGUCCCACCUGAAUGUGGCCGAGACCCAAGGCCCCAGCGGGGCAGUGGUGACAGUGGCUGGAGUGGGGCGAGCCACUCCACAGAGGGGACGGCGUCCAGCCUUCUGUGCUUGGGAUGAACUGGAGCGCUGGCCCCGGGUCUGGUGGCUCUGAACUGGACCAGGUGUGAAUAAAGGUUGGUGUUGCCUCUGAA